UGUGUCAAAGAGCUGUUGUGAUCUCUCAGGGGAGAUGGCAAACCAACAGCUCAUUACCGUUCUCUCAUUGCUUCUCUUACUUCCUUUGGCUUUCACUUCUGUAGCUGCUGGUCAUGUAGAAUACUUACCCUUAGAGACCAACAUAGAUGUGGCUGUAGAAGGUACAGUUUACUGCCAGAGCUGUGAUCAUCAUGGGACAUGGUCAUUGACUAAGGCUGAACCGAUCCCUGCUGCAAAUGUAAGUAUUAUUUGCAAAGAUCACAAGAAUAGAGUGAGCUUCUACAAGGUUUCUACAACUGAUAAGUCUGGAUAUUUCUAUGAGAUCCUUAAAGGUUUCACAAUGAAACAUUAUAUCUUGGACCAUCCCCUUCAUGGAUGCACUGUGCACCCUGUUUCAUCUCCCCUUGCCAAUUGCAGACUUGUCACCAACAUCAACUAUGGUCUUGAUGGCGCAUCAUUUCGUUAUGAGGACAAGAGAUUGUUUGGAACAAACUAUGAGGCUGUGGUGUAUACUGCUGGUCCGUUAGCUUUCCGCCCAGCCCAUUGCCCUCCAAAGAUUCACUACUGAUCACUGCAAUCUCAUUUAUAUUCCAUAUAUUAUUAUACAUCAAAGAGUUGAGUUUUUUCUCCUUCCUGUUGAAGUGUUGUACAACAAACAAUUUCCCAUUGAAUUUACAUACCCCUCAUCUCUAUUUAUUGG